CGACGAUUCUGGUUGAAUGUGAUGAAUCCACCGAUUCGUUCCUCCGAAACUCUACGACGAACUUCAUUGGAGAGGUGGCAAACGUUGCAAUCUUUCGAAAUACGGUGAUAGGCAUUGAUAGCUCCUCGGAAACACUUUUUUGCCGGUUUUAUCUGGUUUGCAAGCGGAUGAGACCAUAUCCGACGAUUGCCUUGAUUUCGGUUUUUCUUUCGGCGGCGACUCGUAUUUCGGCCACUUCCUCUCAUCAAGCAAGUGCACUUCCUGUCAAAAAGGGAACGCAUGUCCCGGACUCUCCGAAGUUGUCAAAGCUAUAUAUCAUGGCCAAAACCAAGAGUGUAUCCUCGUCCUUCGACCCCCCUCGGGGAGGCAGUACUGUUGCGCCAACUACACCGUUGGCAACCGGCGGUGCGCUCCGCAAAGUGCGACAAGCCGUCUUUCCCAUCUACGGAAACCAAGAAGUCACCAAAUUUCUGCUCAUCGGAUCCAUUAAAUUCUUUAUAAUCUUGGCACUCACGCUCACGCGUGAUACCAAGGACACGUUGAUUGUCACGCAAUGUGGUGCCGAAGCGAUUGCCUUUCUCAAAAUAUACGGGGUGCUACCCGCAGCGACCGCAUUUAUCGCGCUCUAUUCCAAAAUGUCCAACGCCAUGGGCAAAAAAAUGCUAUUUUAUUCCACUUGCAUUCCUUUCUUUACCUUUUUCGGGCUGUUUGAUGUUUUCAUUUACCCGAACGCGGAGCGACUGCACCCUAGUUUGGAAGCCGUGCAGGCAAUUCUCCCGGGCGGUGCCGCAUCUGGCGGCAUGGCGGUUCUGGCCAAGAUUGCGACACACUGGACAUCCGCCUUAUUUUACGUCAUGGCGGAAAUAUAUUCUUCCGUAUCGGUGGGGCUAUUGUUUUGGCAGUUUGCGAACGACGUCGUCAACGUGGAUCAGGCCAAGCGCUUUUAUCCAUUAUUUGCUCAAAUGAGUGGCCUCGCUCCAGUUUUAGCGGGCCAGUAUGUGGUACGGUUUGCCAGCAAAGCGGUCAACUUUGAGGCAUCCAUGCAUCGACUCACGGCGGCCGUAACAUUUGCUGGUAUUAUGAUUUGCAUCUUUUACCAACUCAGUUCGUCAUAUGUGGAGCGAACGGAAUCAGCAAAGCCAGCGGCAGAUAACGAGCAGUCUAUCAAACCGAAAAAGAAGAAACCCAAAAUGUCCAUGGUUGAAUCGGGGAAAUUUCUCGCGUCAAGUCAGUACCUGCGUCUAAUUGCCAUGCUGGUGCUGGGAUACGGCCUCAGUAUUAACUUUACCGAAAUCAUGUGGAAAAGCUUGGUGAAGAAACAAUAUCCAGACCCGCUAGAUUAUCAACGAUUUAUGGGUAACUUCUCGUCAGCGGUUGGUUUGAGCACAUGCAUUGUUAUUUUCUUCGGUGUGCACGUGAUCCGUUUGUUGGGGUGGAAAGUCGGAGCGUUGGCUACACCUGGGAUCAUGGCCAUUCUAGCGUUACCCUUUUUUGCUUGCAUUUUGUUGGGUUUGGAUAGUCCAGCACGAUUGGAGAUCGCCGUAAUCUUUGGAACAAUUCAGAGUUUGCUGAGCAAAACCUCCAAGUAUGCCCUUUUCGACCCUACCACACAAAUGGCUUAUAUUCCUCUGGACGACGAAUCAAAGGUCAAAGGAAAAGCGGCAAUUGAUGUUUUGGGAUCGCGGAUUGGAAAGAGUGGAGGCUCACUGAUCCAGCAGGGCUUGGUCUUUGUUUUUGGAAAUAUCAUUAAUGCCGCACCUGUAGUAGGGGUUGUCUACUACAGUGUCCUUGUUGCGUGGAUGAGCGCAGCUGGCCGACUAAGUGGGCUUUUUCAAGCACAAACAGAAAUGGAUAAGGCCGACAAAAUGGAGGCAAAGACCAACAAAGAAAAGUAG